AUGGAACCAGCCAUUAGACGACUGGCCCAGACGUACGUCGGCCAUGUUCGCCGGGUUAGCUUGUCCUUUUGCACACUUUACAUGGCGCUACGGCUAUCAUGUCUGAUAUGUGCACCUGAGACCAAUUACUGGAUGUGGGUGGUAUUGAUAUUCGAAGCCCUGUGGACUUACCAGUCCCUGAGCAUUGAAUUGCCUAGACAGACAGAGGAAAUGUCAAAACGACUCCAUCUAACUAUGAACCAUGCAUUGCCUUCGGUAGAUAUCAUGCUGCCAUGCUGCGGAGAACCAAUCGAGAUCAUUUGCGAUACCAUACAUGCAGCGUGUGUCAUUGACUACCCCCAAACUGCAUUCCGGGUCCUCAUCUUGGAUGAUGGAAACUCUCUGGAACUACGACAGGCGGUAGAAGAGUUGCAACAUACCUGGCCAAACCUCCUAUACUACAGCAGAGGAACUAAGCCGAGCCAGAAAGUCUUUGCAAAAGCAGGCAACCUGAACUUUGGCUUGUUUGAUAUCCAGGGAGGAAUGGACAAGCCGCCUGAGCUUAUUGCCAUCUUCGAUUCAGACUUUCUGCCUGCUCCCAACUUUCUGCGAGCCACGCUUCCUCAUAUGUUGGGGGAUGACAGUGUUGGAAUCGUAAGUUCAAGGCAAGACUACUAUAAUUUUCCCCAAGGGGACCCACUUGAUCAAAGCCUGGCGAUGUUCUUCGAGGUGAUCUUGCCCAAGAUGGACGAAAUGGGAUCGAGUCUAGCAACAACUUCGGGAUGUCUUAUGCGCCGCGAUUUAGCCGUCCAGGUGGGCGGAUUUCCAACUCUGAAUGAAGUGGAGGACAUCACUCUAUCGUUUAUUCUGCCAGCGUACGGGAAGCGCGUCGUAUAUCUCACUGAAAUGCUGCAACUGGGACGCGUGCCAACCUCAGAUGAUCGCUACACCCUGGGCACCAUCUAG